AUUCCGUCUAAGGCGGAGCAGGGUACAGGAAACGGGCGAGAAGCAUGACUCCAAAUCGCCCCUGUGAUGGUUUUCACCUCGAGGGAAUAAAGUAACCGCCUCCGCUUUGGAGAAACACAAAUAUAUGUGGGCACUAAGUGCAAGGAAGACCGCGGUGUUCGACAGAAGGAGGCUCGUAAAGAGGCUAUCUGAUGUGCUGGAGAGAAAGCUCAGGAAGUCUGGAUUUGGUUUCUUUUGUUUCCCUUAACAGCUCUGACGUUUGUUUGUGAAGUUCCAUGAAAAUCGUGACUUUCUUGUGGAUUUGUGAGAUGUUUUGGUGAACUGAAAACAGCAGCAGAGUUUAGGAGACGUCACGGCACAUCCCAACAUACUGGAAAUAAACUUUGCUCGGCUCAUACAUCCAGGAAUACGGGUACAGUGUGCGACACCUUUUUCACGAGGAUCGCGACCGUGGAAGGGAGGGGAACUCUUCGACGCUUCCCUGUGGUAGCAGCAAGUUGCAUCGGAUUGGUUUGUUUACACGUGUUUGUGCAACCGCCUUUCAGAGACGUACUGUUUGAAGACUACUUCUUCGGAGUCCUCCUGCGGUGUUUCAGUGUGUGACACACACACACACAGAGCUGUCUUUGAGCCGGCUUUGUCCAGCCAGCACCGCAGUGCUGUUUGGGUCAUCGGAUUAAUCCAACCAGUAACAGAGCUCCUGCUCUGUUUAGCGACCAUACUCCCAGAAAGUCCCAGUAAUCAGAGCUAUUUUUAGUGUAAGGGAUGGGGUAAAAACAGGCAGCAGGAAAUCUGACUCCCCCUUACCCUUUUCUCUUCCGAAAGCUGUUGCACUUGCACGCUCAGCCCAUCUGGCAAAAUGCAGGGCAAGCCUGGAUAGCACUGACUUAACCUAAAGCAAGACUAUUUCUCAAAAGAAUAGUGAAAGAACAGCAAACUUGAUCACACAUCUAGUCCAGUGGUCUGCUUUUCUUUGAAAACCGUACUGUAGCCUUAGUCAUGUUGAGAACUGUAGAAGAGUUGUAUUCUACAGUGGACACUUAAUGCCUGUUCUGGAUUGAUACGAAAAGAUGGUUAAAGAUUAACGGUAUACUGUUUUAAGUCUAACCUGGACUAGAUGAACAUAUCAGAAACAUCUAGAGUCUAUGCUCUUAUAUCUUGUUUGCUCAAACCCUUAAUCACACUAGAAUAGGAGAACAUUGUUUUCUUGACUACCUAAAAGAUAAGACACCAGCUAACUGGAAGCUCCAGCCCGCAGACAGAAUGCACUAAACUGCUGAAUUCACCACAAAAAGCUAAAGUUGCAAGCCAAAUAUUUUAUUUCCUUAUAGUUCCCAAACAAUAUAUGUAGAGUGAGAGAUCUAUAUCUAUAGUGUAAAUCCACAUUAAACAGAGAUUGCAUCCUUUAUAUUUUUACUUCAGAGAGACAAGCUGCCUGUACACCUGUUGGUUGCCUUACAAACUAAGUCACAAACAAAUUAGGAGAGGAAAAAAACAAGCCAGAGAAGAAGGUGCCUUUGGACUGGUUGGACAGUUUUCUACCAUUCAAACUUCAGAUGUUUAGUUGGAUGUAAAGUGAACUCUGGGAUUGGAAAAUAGACUCCACAAUCUCUGCCUGUCUGUCACAGCAUUUCCAUUGGCAGUAUUUCUCAUCUGGACUGAACAUUUGCCAAGCUUUCCUAUGGUUGUUACGUCAUCAUCAGUGGACGACAAGACUGUACCCUCUUGCAGGAUGGUCCAAUCAGAGCCUUGGAUCACCUCAGCUCUGCUUCGUAAGAACAAAAGUGCAAGCAGCUCAGGAUGUCCACCCACCUCCUCCUCCUCCUCCUCCACCUCCUCCUCCUCCUCCACUGCCCAGGGCUUCUCCCUCGCUGAGCCAGCCAUGACCAGCCAGCACACACACACACACCCCUCCUUCAGCUCCAUCCACUCCAUGGCCGAGCAGCAGCAGGUGCUGUCUGACAUGACCAUACUCCAGCGGAGGAUCCCCCCUAGUUUCAGAGAACCUGCCAGCGCUCCAUUGAGGAAACUCUCAGUUGACCUUAUCAAAACUUACAAGCACAUCAAUGAGGUAUACUAUACGAAGAAGAAGCGGCGGGCCCAGCAAGUCCCUCCUGAGGAUAGCAGCACGAAAAAGGAGAAAAAAGUUUACAAUGAUGGCUAUGAUGACGACAACUACGAUUACAUAGUCAAAAAUGGAGAAAAGUGGCUGGACCGCUAUGAGAUCGACUCACUGAUUGGGAAGGGCUCCUUUGGACAGGUAGUGAAGGCCUACGACCACCAUGAGCAGGAGUGGGUUGCCAUUAAAAUCAUUAAAAACAAAAAGGCUUUUCUAAACCAGGCACAGAUUGAACUACGCCUGCUGGAGCUCAUGAACAAGCAUGACACCGAGAUGAAAUAUUACAUUGUCCACCUGAAGCGUCACUUUAUGUUUAGGAACCAUCUUUGUUUGGUGUUUGAGUUGUUGAGCUACAACCUGUAUGAUCUCCUGAGAAACACCAACUUCAGAGGAGUUUCCCUCAACCUCACCAGGAAAUUUGCACAGCAGCUCUGUACAGCAUUAUUAUUCCUGGCCACCCCAGAGCUGUCAAUCAUCCACUGCGACCUGAAACCAGAGAACAUCCUGCUGUGUAACCCCAAAAGAUCUGCAAUCAAAAUAGUUGACUUUGGAUCCUCCUGCCAACUGGGACAAAGGAUCUAUCAGUACAUACAGAGCAGAUUUUACCGCUCUCCUGAGGUUCUUUUGGGAAUGCCAUAUGACCUGGCUAUCGAUAUGUGGUCUCUCGGAUGCAUACUUGUAGAGAUGCACACAGGAGAGCCUCUCUUCAGUGGCUCCAAUGAGGUUGACCAGAUGAAUAAGAUUGUGGAGGUUUUGGGGGUUCCACCCAGCCACAUGUUGGAUGCAGCUCCUAAAGCCAGAAAGUACUUUGACAAGCUAUCAGAUGGCUUAUGGACUGUGAAGAAGAACAAGGAUGUCAAAAAGGAAUACAAGCCUCCAGCUACACGCCGUCUUCAUGAGAUUUUAGGCGUAGAGACUGGAGGCCCAGGGGGGCGGAGGGCAGGAGAGCCAGGACAUGCCCCUUGUGACUACCUGAAGUUUAAAGAUCUGAUCUUGCGCAUGCUGGACUAUGACCCUAAAAGCCGAAUCACGCCAUUUUACGCCCUGCAGCACAAUUUCUUUAAGAAAACGACAGAUGAAGGAACCAACACAAGCUCAUCUACAUCCACCUCUCCUGCCAUGGACCACUCACAUUCAACCUCCACAACUAGCUCUGUUUCUAGCUCUGGUGGCUCCAGUGGUUCUUCCAAUGACAACCGUAACUACCGAUACAGCAACCGCUACUACAACUCCGCUGUCACCCACUCAGACUAUGAGAUGACCAGUCCUCAGGCUCCCUCCCAACAGCAGAUGAGGAUGUGGCCAGGCAGUGAUGGUGGAAGUGGGGGUCAGGACCCAGCAUACACCCAGUUGCUGCUCCACAAACCAGCUGCCACCCAACAACACCAGCGCCACUUUUUGGACCCGCCCCACCACCCACAUCCGACUUACUCUCACCAUGGAAACGGUGGGCGUGGACUACGGCCAGUUGGACAGACAGGGAUGGGUGGAGGUGGGGGUCAGCAGGGAUCCUCUCCACAGAUGAGUGACAGCAUGGAUGUGGGUGUGUCCCUUGGGCUGCACCACCUAGGGGCGGUGUCUUCCAUGGAGGCCUCUCAGUUUGGCUCUGCAUCUCUGCCCCUUGCUCUGCCAAUUGGACUGUCUGCCUUCCGGACUCGGACGGCCCCCACCGCCCCAGGGCCACAAGCCCCGCCCCCAGAGGACUACUACCCUGCCUCCAACAACAAUAACCCUGCUGCGGGGGCCAGAGGGAGGUCCGACUCAGACGAAGGGCCAGCCAAUUCUUGAUAAAACCCGAAACACGCCCUAAAGCCAUACAAUUUUAACUACAACUACUACAAUUAAACACAUACAGCCAGAGUUCAGAGACAACAGGUGAAUUUUGAGCUGGAGGAGACAAUAUCUUCUGCAUGAGAGGAGGAGAAAGGAGGAGAAGGAUGCUGGGAAUACUUUCCUUUUAUCCUGUUUUUGUUUGUUGUUUUUACGACUGUAAUUUGAAAGGAAUGAGUGACAAGUGUGUUUUAACAGAUAUUCUCGAUUAAUAUUAGUUGAUUUUUGUAAGGUUUGAGGAGUUUUGUGUUCUAUUUUGUUGUUUAGUCUGGAGAGGAGCAAGAGGAUGAAGAGGGACCUUUUUUUCCGCUCUGCUCGACAUUGAGGCGGGAACAUUGUUUUUCUCACUAUUCUGUUUUAACAGUACUAUACUCAGAUUUACAUACCCUGUACAUCAGCAGCCUUAACACCCCCCCACGCACACACACACACACACCAUAGCACACACACUCGUACCUGUUUCUAUCACCUGGAAAAUACCCCACCGGGAUAUCACAAUCAUCCUUGCAUUAUAAGACACCCCUGAAAUUGAACUCAUUAAGUAAAUGAACAUCGCAAUUUAUAUAUGUAUAUAUAUAUAUAUAUAUAUAUAUAUAUAUACAUAUAUUAUAUAUAUAUAUAUAUAUACAUACAUACAUACAUACAUAUACACAUAUAUAUGUAUAUGUAUAUAUAUUUGUAUAUGUAUAUAUAUGUAUGUUUAUAAGUAUAUAUAUGUGUGCGUGCAUGCGUGCAUCAGGAGAGAAGCUGGUUUGUGAGAGAGAAAAGCCCAACAUACAUUGUUCAGGACUCAGUUUGUUGCUCUCAGCCCAACCUUGUGGCUUGGUCUGGUGGUGACUGAGGUGGAGGUGGGCGGAGAAGGCAACAGGACAGUGAUACCUUGCCAACAUUCAAACGGAUCUCCUUCUCUUCCUUAUCCUUCCCCCACUCCCUGCAGUCUUCUUGAUUCCUUCUUCUCCUGUCGUGUUUCUCCUCCAGACAGCUCCUCCUCUCUGUGCUGCUAAUCACCAUGACAACUGGUCUGGAUUGCUGCUAAAGAUCCAACACAGAUCAAUAAAGAAAUGAAAUAAAAACAGAAAUGAAAAACUUUUUAACCCUUGUGCUUAAGAAAAAAGGAUAAAGUAAGAACCACUGCAUCUCAAUGUAUUUAUUACUAUUUAACAAGAAAAACAAACUGAAAGUAACAGUUUUUUUUCUGCUCUUCUUUGUUUGGUUGCCUUCUUUCUGCAGGUAAGCUCAGAUUGGCUAUUGUAACAGUGACAGUAACUGGUGACAUGAGAAUGUCACUGGUUGUGGGGGCUGGGUGAAGGGGAAGGGUUGGGGCAAAAUAAAGUUGGAUAUAUAAUACGAAUAAAGAGUAUACUUUUGCACACCAAAGUCAAACAAA